GUGUGAGUGGGAAAAGUGUGUGAGUGGGAAAAGUGUGUGAGUGGGAAAAGUGUGUGAGUGGGAAAAUCGUGUGAAACUGGUGGCUGCUCCUUCGGGCGCCAAAAGGGGCUAGAUCGUACAUGUUGCACCAGUUACCCGCCGUCCUCAACAGUAGCUGCAGGAAAAAAGCUGCAAGCGAAGAUUGGGGACUACUGUGCAGGCCGCCAAGUUCUCAUCCAUUGGUCAUUUCUGCUUGUCGAUAGGAUCAAUGGCUGCCUGCUACGAACCCCCCCUGCCCCGGAGCCGCACCCCUCAGGGUCCCCCAAGGCCCCAGCCCCAGGUCCCGUCCUGUGCCGCUCAUUCCUCGCAACCGCUGCUCAGCUGUCCGCUGUUCGGAGCGCCCGGUAUCCCAAAUCAGGGCCCAAGUCCACCCCCUGUACCCGUAGGUGGUAUUCGAUACUACCUCUCAUGGUUACAGAUAUUAUGCGAUCGAAGUUUUUCCAGGUCAUCGUGGGCGAUGGCAUCAAGGUGGUGGUCAGGCAGCCUUCUGGCAUUUCUAUUGUUAGCCCUCUUCUUCUUUGUUUUCGCCGUCCAAUGGGAGAGCCCCCCGACCGGGACCAUCACCCGGGUACCGGGCGGGCAGCAAAAGCCCCAGUUCGAGAGCACGCUAGCCCUGCCUGUGUCAUGGCGACGACCCUUUGCAGUACGAGCGCAUCAGAUGCGCUUCAGCGUUGUCGGCCUCCUCCCAACCUUCCUCCUGCUCAUCACCAUGCAGCCGCCCUUAGAUCUCGUUCAGCUGGGGCUGGUUGCGCCGCAUCGUGCCUUUGCAAUCGCUUGCUUCUCGAUUGGCCUGCCCGAGCGUCUGUUUAGCCGACUACGCCCGUCCGGCCAAAGUUCUGGAACUUCAAGGGCGGCGAGGCAAAAGAAAGACUGGUCGAGUUUGUUGUGUCCGUUCCUGUCGCCAGCGUCGAGGGUCCCUGUCGUCAGCGUCGGGUGCCCUAUCGUCUUCGCGUGUUCGCUUCCAGGGUGGCCGCCGACAUUUGCCGUGCUGGCAUGCGCCGGCAUCAUGCAUGCUGUGGAAGACCUGGGUAGUUAGUCUGUGGGCUAUGGCCCCCUGGAAGUGCGAGACGCCCGUCAUUCAGUUCGCCUGGUAAGGUCUUUCCUCCUCCUGCUGAGCGGCAAACACCCCGGCACAGCGCCAGUAGCGUUCCAGCCCGUAUCUCAACCACAAGCACGGGUUUUUUGGAAGAAGAUUAUGACUCGCAUUGCAUCCGGAUAGCCAUCGUCAUGCCGCAGAAGUCUGGUCUCUGGAGCUGCUUCAUAUACCAGUCCGUGAUCGAGGUGCUUGGCGC